AUGAACGAAGUCGCGAGCCAGAUCGCGGUCACGAGGUUUUUGUUUCUCGGUCCGAAAUUGGCAAUAAUUUUUGGUUUUUUUCAGACUUUCUGCAGAUGGCGAACCACGUUUGCCGGCCGAAGACAUGGGAGAUAACGCCCUGGAUACGAAGUGAGCCAAUUUCUUCGGGAAAAUGGCUGUGGAUUCAGAUUUUUUUGGAAAGAAAUUAGUGACAAGUUCAAGAAAAAUCAUAAACUUUAAUUAAUUUUAAUACACUCCAAUCGCUAUUUUCGUCUAAUUAACUUGACUUUUUCUUAGAAAAUCGUGUAUUUUCUCAUUUAAAUAUACGUAAAGGAGAGUUUAAUUGCAACUGAUGCCUUUUUGGAAUACCUUUUUUAGAACCUUUGUAAGACCUUUAGUUUUUGUUAUAAUUAUCUUUGUACUUUCAAAAUUUGCUUGUUUGCUGGAUGUAAUUUCCAUGUUUCCAGGUCGACGAUUUCAAACAAAAGCCUCAGAAAGGCUUCGAAAAGCCUCAAAAGCCACAGAUCGUCGUCCAGCUCGAGCGAAACGAAGAAGUUCCACGCGGAAAUUGUACGGUUCAGGAAUAUCUUGAUAUUUAAAAAAUCUUUUUGUAACGAAAAUGGGAGAUUUCGGGAAAAGAGUUUACUUUUUGAGUGGGCAAAUUGAAAAAUUGAUGAUUUUCCGACCAUAACUUCGUUGAUUUGAAGGUUUCUUUUUUUAAAUUUGUCCUUUUAGUAGGUUUUCCUGUCCUGAAAAUUAUUAUAACCGUUUUAUUAUCAAUUUCGUAAGAUCGAAAUUUUUUUCACUCUUUGUACAUGCAAAGUUCGUCAAAGUUUCGAUAUUUUUCAAAUUCCCCGUUUCAGGACGGUCUGAACGCCUUGAUCGAAGUCGUGCAGAAACUUGGCAAAUCGCACGCCGAAAUGCAGUGGCACGACGUCAGAAAGGGAUACGUCCGUGAAACGGGACGUCAUCUGACCGUCGAGGAGAUGAACACCAUUUUCGGGGUUCACAAUGUUACCAAGUGGGUAAUCCUGGCAGAAAUAUGAUGGAAAGUUGGUAGAAAUGGAUCGGAUUGUAUUUUUAUGUACCGAAAUAAGACUUAUAAUGAUGUUGGGAAACUUUUUUAAAUGAUGAAUUUUCAAUAAAAAUGUUCUAUACAGAAUAGGGAAUUGGGAGAAGUUCUGAACUUUGCUUUUAUAUUUUUAAACAGCCCCUUUUCAGCAGAAUUUUCGAAAAAUAUUCUUUUCAGAGCCUGUAUAAUUUCCUUUCGAACUUCCUCCAAUUUAAAGAAUUUUUUUCUGAUUUUCUAUUGAUUAGCUCUGUUAAAAUUUUUUCAUUGACUUCCUGACCGCUUAGAAUUUUUUCAUGAGUUUUGUUUCGUAUUUGAUUGAUAUUUUCUCCAGACACGACAUUUUCGAACUUCCCGCCGUGAAAGCCUUGAUGACCCCAGUGGAAGGAAGUCGACUGAUGCGGUUCAAGUUUAACUAAAAAAAUGCUUUUUUCCUGAGAAAUUACGAUCUUUUUGAGGCUCAACUCUCAACGAGCCUUCGAAGCGGUCUACGAAAUCAAGAUGGACUCGCACAGUCGCCAUUAUUGGGGCCAGAAGCCGCAAGUUCAUCAGAAGAAUACUGUUGAGAGAAUAAAAUGUGAAGAUUUUAGGAAGAUUUUCGGAAAGUUUGAUGAAAUCAAAACUGUUAUCAUUAUUUUACGCCACUUUUUUUUUUUAGUAUGGAAUAGAGCAUUAAAAGAUAGAAUUUUGGAAACUAACAGUAAAAAAAGGGUUUUCUUCGAGUUUUAGACGCAAAGAGUGUUGGAAAUUCUUGUUUUUUCGUUAAUUUUCGAAUCGAACAUUUUUCAAAGAUUUACCAUUUUUUCGAUAGUUUCAUCUAUUCUUGUCAUUUUUGCUCUAGAAUUGUAUUCUUAUGAAUCAGGAAUUUAUUUUUUGAGUACAAAGAAUUUGUUGGACUGAGCGAGAUAAAUUUUAAAAACUUUGAGCUUUAUCUGCGAGUUUUGAAUGAAUUGAGUUAAAAAUGAUGAAUAAUGAAAAGGGAAUUUUCAGCCGUUUCCCCAGUGACCUUGUCGGAUUUCUCUUCGAUCGACGUCGUCACUUCGCCAACACAAAUCUCUUCCCCCAUUGUUCGAAUAAUAAAUCUGAAGUUUUUAUAAAACGAAUGAUGAUUUCAGGACGACAUAAAACGCUCUCCGUCGCCCGAAGACGCCGGAAUCGUCGUUGGAAACCCGCAGACCUACGGAGUGGCUCGUUCCGAUUUUUCCGGAUCUUUCAGCGAAGAAGCGGUCUUUCAAAUAAAUCAAAAAGUAGAAAAAUGUGAUUUUUAGCACGGAAUCCUGUCUCAUCAGGCUUCUCUGCAGUCGUCGAUCACUGAGGACGAAGGAUGGAUUUCUGGACAGGUCUAGAGGAGAAAAAAAGACCUAAAAUUGGACAAUUUUUGUUAGAAUGCGUAGUUUUUUUCGCAGUUGAACCUUCAGAAAAAAAGAUUUUUGGCCAAAAUUAGCCAAAAAAAUUAGAAAAAAAGUUUGAUUUAAAUUUUUUUGUUGUCCAAUUUUUUUGAUAUUUUUUUGUUUUCUGACGCCUUACGAUUUAUUCAAACUGAAACAUUUAAACAGUUAAUUUUUUUGGCUAAGAAAUCGAAAUCCUAUAUUUUUUUAUAAUAAAAAUUCGGCUCUGUUAGUUUUCGGUCAAAUAACCUUCAAAAAUUUCCCAAGAUUAUAUUAAUUUUAUUGCUAGAUUUUCGUGAAUUUAUUAUUUUUUUCCCUUGGUAAUAUAACUUUAUAGCUGAAUUUUCAAUCAAUUCCCAUGAUUAUCAAAAAAAAAAAAAAAUUCAAGUUUGAUUUUUCAGGCUCGAUCGGACAAUUCCUCGCCCUUGGAGAACAAAGACGACGACGAAGUUUUCGAGAAGCCCGUGGAGCAGAGCGAGAUCAAACUAGACACACUGAUGGAAGUUGAUCCGCCGGUUGAAAUGGAAACCAAAACGGAGACCAUUGUGAAAUGUGUCCAGCCGGAGGAUAAUUUGGAGACCGACGUCGUUUUUGAGUUGGUUUUUGAAGAUUUCAUUGGAUAAGAUUUAUUGAUUCACUUGUUUGAAAAUUGAGAAUAAAAAUCAUUUCACUCACGAAAUAAAUCAGAAAAAACCUCCGCCUAUAUCAAAUUCUUACAGUUUUUUCAAGAGAUUUAUAAAAAUUGAAACUAAAUUUUUUAAAGAUCAUUUUCGUUUCCUUUUUAAGCCAUUCAAGACAAAAAUAUGAGAAAGUUUUUUUUUCAGUACAAUUCGAGCCGCCGAACCAGUUGCUGCCACUUUUUCGGACAAAACUGUCUCAAAUUCUCCUGUCGUUGAGGCCAGAACUCCGGUGGCGAAGUUGGCCGCGGACAUUACUUUGAAGUUGAAAAUUUCACGAUUCAGCCUUGGAAGUUGAUAUUUCCAGGUUGAGCCAGAAGGAAACCGCAGAGCCAUUCAAAGUGAAGGCCGCGCCGAGAAAGUUUGUCCAGCCACAAAUUGCGCAGGACGUUCCUGAGGUGGCCGCCGAGGAAACCGUCCAAACUCGUCAUGUGUCGACGCCGCCGCCCGUCCGAGACCUCAUCGCUCGAUUCGAAGUCGCUCAGCACGCUGAACCUUCUCCGGUGAGUUUUGUGGAGAAGGAAAGCUCAUUCCAAGCCAGCUUGUCACGUUUUUCUUUCCGAAUUAGAUCGAAAUAGAGCAUCUUCACUCCAAGACCUUUGUUUCUUGCUGUCUUUUUUGCCUUUCAGUAGAGCAAAAGUUUGUAAUAACGGUAGAUUUUUCUUGUCUCUUCAUUCAAAACCUAACCGUCUCGCGAGGAACGCACUAUAAAGAACUUAGUCAGACUGGGAGGAAAGGUUGACUCAAAAAUAUUCUCGAAAAUUAGAAUAAAAUCAAUUUUCAAGGUAUUUUCGUCCACAGUGAUACAAUUUUUGACCUUAGGGAGGUGGUAUUAAUUUUGGACAGAUUUUUGCACUUUUUGGGGGUAGGCCGCACCCCGGAGUGGCAUCUAGCCGACGUGUGAUUUAGGAAAACUUGGGAGUAGGGGUCGGUGGCCUCUGAUUUUUCGCUGAGUAAAAACAAAAAAAAAUGAGAAGUAGUAAAAGUUGAUUCUUCCUGCUGAAAAUUUGAAAAAUGUCAUUUUUCGGUUCAGAAACCGUACAAAGGAUCUGCAAACGAGUCGGUUUAUGCCCGACUUCGAGACGAGUUCGGAAUCACGGCUGAUACUCCCCGUAAGCAGAUUCCAAAAGAAAAAGAGAGUUCAAAGGGAUAUAUUCCAGCCGCUGUGCACUUUGAUCAAGCCUCCUUCGACUUGGAAGAGGCGAUCGACGCGGAAAGAGACGAGGCCAUGGACAGCUUCAUCGCCGAGCAUUCCAGGGACUUCACCAAAGAAAGGGACGACGAAGAUGCGCCUGUUUCGCUCAAAGAGGUGCGGAAAGGAGGGAAAUUUAAUAAAGAGGAAUUUUUACAAGAAAUGGGGAAAACAGCUAGCGGAACACUGUUCCGAAAAUCGUUGUUUUAUUGGCCGAUCAUUUAUUAAUUUACUUGAGGAAUGAAGUUACUGCAAGAUUGCAAAAAAAAAACAUAAAAUUUAGAAAAGGAGAAAAUAAAACAUAGUUUUUCAAUUCUUUUGACCAAAAAAUAUAGGAUUUAUAGAUUAUUCAAACAUUUUUCAACAGGAAGUUGAUGAGAAGUAGUGUGAGCAAGAAAUGAAGAAAAGUAAUAAUUUUUCAAGCGCUUCGAACAAAAAAAAAAUGAGGAAAGUGGAGAGUUUAUUGUACAUUUUGUGAACAGGAAAUAUAUGAGUAAUACAUUGAAAUAUAAUAUUCCCAAAAAAAUGCCUGAGAAAAAAAUCCAAGUAAUUUUAACCAUAUUCUUUUUAAAUAUUCGAAUAAAUCAUACUUCAACUUUUUGAUCAGUUUGUGGUUAGGACCGUUUUUAAACCAUUUUUCAAUAAUUUUGGUAUUUUAUUCUGAUUCGGCAUAUAUUCCUAACAUGAAAAAAUCCUGAAAUCCUGUGAAAAUGUUUAAAAGAAAUUUUUGAAAAUAAGAAUUCUUGUUUACGGCUUCACAGGGCAUAUAUAUAUUUCAUGAGGGUAAGCAAAAGAUGAUAUUUUGCAGUCAGGUGAGAGAAAAAUUCUGAAAAAUUUUAUCUGAUCAGAUGUGAUAGAAUGGUUGAAUUGAAAGAUGAAAAUUAUUCUUUUAAACUUUAAUUUCUCCAAUUUCAGCAGAAUUCUGUAACCUCGGUUGAUCAUGAGUAUUUCUACAACCGGUGCCGAGUCUCGGAUAACGCUUUUCAGAGGGUAAAGAGCCAUUUUCGGAUCAAAUUGAAUGAGUUUUCGGUUUCCAGGGCGCUAGUCAAAGCGAUUCCUGCAAAUCAGUGGAUAUGGAUGAAGUUUUGGAGAAAAUUCACGGGUUCGUUUGGCGGGAAAAUCGAAACUUUGAAAAUUUUGCAUGACAUUCAUCAAUAAACCUUAAUAUAAAGGGAAAAAAAUGGGAAAAAUUUUAUUUUAAAGUUUUUUGAUGGUGUUUUUGACCUAGUUUUUUGAUUAUUUUAUAUCAUGAAGAAUAUUGUGACUGUUUUAAGCCUGUCAAAAAUGAGUUCCUUUUUAAAAUGAGAAUAAAUUAGAGCUUCCAGUAACCCUCCGGUGGUCUACAGAGAGACUCGGCACAUUGAAAAGGAGGAAGAUGGAGUUGUGAGGGGAAUUUCGGAAGUUUUCUGAAUAAUUUCAUGGAUUUAGACGACUUCAUGCACGGAAGACGUCAUCACAGUCGUUGAGCGGAAAAUCACGAUCGAAAGUCAAGAAUUCGAAACGAAGGACCUUCCAACGACCAGCGAUGCGUUGAAGCAGCAGAGAAAGUUGGCCGAGGUAGAAAAUGGGAAGAAAACAGUGCUUUUGUCGAUUUUUGGAAUUUUUUUUUGAUGAAAAACGUACUUUUUUCUCAAUUUUCUUGAGGUUUAGAACGAGGUAACAAUUUUCGAAGUUAGGAAAGGUUCAACAGUUCAAAAUCAAAAAAUAUCAGACUGAUGAAAAAAAAACUGUUCGGAAUGUUUUUCGCAAUGUAUUUUGUCUAUAUUAAUUGAAAAUUCCGAUUAUUUAAAUCAGGAAAAGGAAUUUUGAAAAAUGAAAAAAGAUUCGAAAGUUUUUCAUUUAUUUAUUGGACUAAUUUAGUCCGACGGCGACAUACCGUACUCCAUUGGCAGCGAAGAUGAGGAAGGUAUUUUUCAAAGAAAUCUGAACAAAAAUUAAAAAUAAUGGACUUCAAGGUCCUCUUACUACGGCCGACGGCCAAAGAGCCGACAAGGUCAUCUCCGUGAGCGUCGAGUUGGACCCUCAGGCGAAAAAACGCGAAGUUGCUGUCGACGUUCCCAAGGAGGUGCGUUUGAAAAAGUCGAUUUCAAGUUUUAAAAUACAAUCAUCUUCCGGCACGCCCCUUUGCUCAAUUCCUUUUUUGAGGACCCCGAUUUCAUCGAAAAUGAUGAAGACGCCAAUGUUUCGGUCCUCAACCGCACCUUGGACCUCCAAGCGAUCAACUUGCCACAAAAACCUGACCCGGAAGCGGUAGAAACGUCCGCACUUUACAGGAAAAUGAUGGACUUUUCACAGACUCUGCCCGAUGGCUCGGUUCGACCCCGUCGUCGUGGAAUUUUGCGUCGUCCACAGUGCUGCCUCGUCAUGUGA